GACACACAUACACAUACAUAUAUAUUGUAUUUAAAAUCAUCAUUUGUAUAUGCAAGAAUUAAAAAGAAUUAAUUUCGUAGAUAGUAUGCCCCUGACUAUAGGCAAUCCGCGGCCUUAGAUACACACGUGUAUGAAACAUAUACGUAUAUUGCUAAUGUUAAUUUUAUCCCGACUAUAUUGUACAUUAAUAAAUAAUUUGUUUAUAUAUACAUAUAUAUAUAUAUAUAUACAUAUACAUUUCAUUUACAGGCACAUAUACGCACAUAUUUCAUAUGUAUAUGUUGUAUUUAAAAAUCGUCAUUUAUAUCGGCAGAGAUAGAAAAAAAUAAUUUUGUAGGUAUUAUGCCCCUGAAAAUAGACAACCGUACGUACAUGCUUGUAUGAAAUAUAUGUAUCAAUGAAUUAAUCAUCAAAGUGUUAAAUAUUAAGACAUUGUCAUAUAAAGCUAGAUUUAUUUAGAAAAGAAGAAAAGAGGUAUGUAUGAACUCUAUUUUUUUCCUUUUUGUUUCUCUUAUAUUUUUUUUUUUAUUUUCCUUUUUUACGUCAACGUGUAAUUCAAACCGAUAAGAUACGACGAGACAGAAAACUGAGAGAUAACAAAUACAUUCUGUUUCCUAAUAUCCUCGAAGUUUUACUAUCAAAUUUAAUAAAAUCAAAAAAUGCCAUUAUUUGAUAAAAAUCGAACAACAGAAAACGAUGCAAGUUAAAAGAAAAAUUACUUAGUUAUCAUGGCGGCACCCCUUAUCCGUCUUUUUAUCUUCAAAUAUCUGACAAAUUUUCAUCUGUUAAGGAAGCACAAUGGGUUUAUAAACUGAACCGAAAUUUAGUAAGACAGAUUAAUAAAGAAUCAGGUUUUUUUUUUUCAAGUCGAAGCGAUCGUUUUCUUUACCGCGCAACUUGUCAAUCCUAUUAAGUCAUAAUGAAGAUCAUCAGUUUUUUAUUGGUUGCAGCAUUGUCUUUGAAUCAAGUAAUCGGUGUGAAAGUGAAUGUCAAGGAAGAUUUAAAGAUUACCGAAAAAUGGAUCAAUGAAUCGAAAAUAAAAAUCGAGGAUACCAUUAAGGAUAUUAAUAUAUAUAGAAGUAACAUUCAAUUUAUUUUCAAUAACAAAAUAAAAGCACGACAGGAACAGGAUGUAAAGAAUAUUCGUUGCAUGACUGAUCUUUUGUUAGAAGAAAUUCGUACAUUCGUCCACGAUGCAAAAGUAAAAGGCAAGAAUCCAACUCAAUGUUACGUGAGUAGUCAAGCAACUACAAGAAUCAUAAGUAACAAUGGUUAUUCAUCAUUAGACAAAUGUACGAAGAAUGCUCAAAUAUUUAUCGAGCAAUUUCAGGCCACCAUCGACAAUGUUAUUACCAUCGGUCAAACACUCACAACAGAUCUAGAUGAUGUAUUUUCCAAUUGCUAUAUACACCUGCCAAAAGUAAUGUUACGUUGUGUUAAACAAAAUAUCAAAGAACUCGAGGUAUGCAUUAAGAAUUUUGAAUCAUCAAUAACUUCGAUGAAAACUGCCGGAGAUACUGCCUUCCAUCAAGGCUAUCUCAAUGGUAUCGCAUGUUAUAACAAUGCCGUUGUUAAAACUCGCGAAGGUGUACGAAAUACUCUGGCCGAGGCCGAAUAUUGUAUAAAUAAUUCUUAAUAAUUAUUGUUAAAUCAGGGAUGAAAAAUUAAUUUGAGAAAAAAAAAAAACGAAGAAAUAAAUAUAUUUACUUGA